GGCAACUGUGCAGAGAACACAGCCAAGAAGAGCAGCAUCACCAGGGAGGAGCAGGACGCCUACGCCAUCGGCUCGUACAGCCGCAGCAAAGCAGCGUACGAGUCCGGCGCGCUGGCCAAGGAGAUCGUGCCUGUCAGCAUUCCCCAGAGAGGCAAACCUGAUGUGGUCGUGUCCGAGGAUGAAGAGUGGAGGCGGGUCGACUUCAGCAAAGUUCCCAAACUGAAGACCGUGUUCCAGAGAGAGAAUGGCACAGUGACGGCGGCCAAUGCCAGCACACUGAACGAUGGAGCAGCCGCUCUCGUUUUAAUGACAGCAGAUGCUGCAAAGAGACUCAACGUCACUCCACUGGCCAGGAUCGUCUCUUUUGCUGAUGCUGCUGUUGCGCCCAUUGAUUUCCCCAUUGCUCCUGCAUUCGCUGUACCAAAGGUCCUGGAUGCAGCAGGGCUGAAGAAGGAGGAUAUCACCAUGUGGGAGAUCAACGAGGCCUUCAGCGUGGUCGUGCUGGCCAACAUCAAGAUGUUGGACAUCGACCCCGCGAAGGUCAACGUGAACGGGGGAGCCGUGUCACUGGGACACCCCAUCGGGAUGUCUGGGGCGAGAAUCGUGGGCCACAUGGUACACAGCCUGAAGUCGGGCCAGUACGGACUGGCAGGUAUCUGCAAUGGAGGCGGUGGAGCAUCAUCUAUUCUCAUCCAGAAAUUGUAGGAAACUUGAUGGAGGAACUUCUCUCUCCCUGAAACGCUGUGUGUUAAACUGUGUGUUCACUAGCUGUCCACUCCAAAUGGCUCAGGCAUCUGUAAAGUCCCCUUCUUACUGUGAAGAAUGCUUCUGUUACAGCUUUAGUGCCCGUGGCCUUACCCAAGCAGCAAAGUAGUACUCGAUACUCGAUGCAUGACGUCAUGACUCAAGUGUUUGAGACACUCCUUUUGUUCGAUGAAACUUUUAUUAAUAUUUAACCCUGAAUUGAAAUGGUUAAAUAAAUAGUUUUUAUGAAACCA